GGCGGCGGCGGCGGCGGCAUGGCAGGUCGGCGGGUGAACGUAAAUGUGGGCGUGCUGGGCCACAUCGACAGCGGCAAGACGGCGCUGGCGCGGGCGCUGAGCACCACGGCCUCCACCGCCGCCUUCGACAAGCAGCCGCAGAGCCGCGAGCGCGGCAUCACGCUCGACCUGGGUUUCUCGUGCUUUUCGGUGCCGCUGCCCGCGCGCCUGCGGUCGGCGCUGCCCGCUCCCCCGGCGGCGUCCGGAGCCGAGCCCGGGCCCGGCGAGCCGCAGCUUCAGGUCACGCUGGUCGACUGCCCCGGGCACGCCUCCCUCAUCCGGACCAUCAUUGGCGGGGCCCAGAUCAUUGAUCUGAUGAUGCUGGUCAUUGAUGUGACCAAAGGGAUGCAGACCCAGUCAGCGGAGUGCCUUGUGAUUGGGCAGAUUGCCUGCCAGAAGCUGGUUGUGGUGCUGAACAAAAUAGACCUCUUGGCUGAAGGGAAGAGACAGGCAGCGAUUGAUAAAAUGACCAAGAAAAUGCAGAGGACCCUGGAGAACACCAAGUUCCGAGGUGCACCGAUUAUACCCGUGGCGGCCAAGCCUGGGGGGCCAGAGGCCCCUGAAACAGAAGCUCCACAGGGCAUCUCAGAGCUCAUUGAGCUCCUGACAUCCCAGAUUUCCAUCCCGACAAGAGACCCCUCGGGACCACUCCUCAUGUCUGUGGACCACUGUUUCUCCAUCAAAGGCCAAGGCACUGUGAUGACAGGGACCAUCCUCUCAGGCUCCAUCAGCCUCGGCGACAGUGUGGAGAUUCCUGCCCUCAAGGUGGUGAAGAAGGUGAAAUCCAUGCAGAUGUUUCACAUGCCUGUCACCUCAGCCAUGCAGGGAGACCGACUGGGCAUCUGCGUCACCCAGUUUGACCCCAAGCUACUGGAGCGUGGCCUGGUGUGUGCCCCUGAGUCCCUGCACACUGUCCACGCGGCCAUCAUCUCUGUGGAGAAGAUCCCGUAUUUCCGGGGGCCCCUGCAGACCAAAGCCAAGUUCCACAUCACGGUGGGCCAUGAGACAGUCAUGGGCCGGUUGAUGUUCUUCAGCCCUGCCCCCGAUAGCUUUGACCAUGAGCCUGUGCUGGACUCCUUCGACUUCUCUCGAGAAUACCUCUUCCAGGAGCAGUACCUAGAUAAGGAUUUGGCACCGGUGGCGACAGACAGUGAUGAGGCUAACAAGAAGACGGGCCAGGCCACAGAAGGCUGCUGCCCUCGGCAGCAGUGGGCCCUCGUGGAAUUUGAGAAGCCUGUCACCUGCCCUCGGCUGUGCCUGGUGAUUGGCUCCAGGCUAGAUGCAGACAUUCAUGCCAACAUGUGCCGGCUGGCCUUCCACGGCGUCCUGCUCCACGGGCUGGAGGACAAGGACUAUGCCGAGAGCUUCUUGCCCAGGCUGAAAGUGUAUAAGCUCAAGCACAAACAUGGCCUUGUAGAACGGGUGAUGGAUGACCACAGCGUGAUCGGCCGCUCCCUGUUCAAAAAGGAGACCAACAUCCAGCUCUUUUUGGGCCUCAAGGUGUACCUAUCCACUGGGGAGCUGGGGGUCAUCGACAGCGCCUUCGGCCAGAGUGGCAAGUUCAAGAUCCACAUCCCUGGUGGCCUCAGCUCCGAGUCCAAGAAGAUUCUAACACCCACCCUCAAGAAGCGGGGCCGGGCCGGCCGAGGAGAAGCAGCCAAGCUGGAGGAGCUGGCUGAGCGGUCCGAGCCUGCGCAGCACGUGGCCCUAAGCCUGUCUUUUAAGCGUUACGUCUUUGAUACCCACAAGCGCAUGGUCCAGUCUCCCUGAGUGUUCCAGUGACCCUGCCCAGGCCCUGGGCUGGGCUGCAUUGCCAAGUGUCCGACCAGAUGUGCCUCAACCUCCUUCAGUAUGUCCCUCCGCAUGACCCUGCAGACACGAGCCCUAGGCCUGGCGCUAAGCCCCGGUGAAAAGCCUGGGGGGGUGCGGUGGCAGUGACACCAGGGCUGGGGCCCAGAGGGUCUGUCCCGGCACUCUCGCACCUACUGGGGGCCAGUGUUUCCCAGGCCGCCCCACUGGUAGCCAUGGGAGGGCCAGUCCACACCCUGCCCCAGGUGGGGCCUGGCCCUUAACCAGCUGCAAAUAAAUGUCCCAUGGUGUCUGCCCA